GUUGUGUUUUAAUUUGAAGAAGGUCCUACGUUAUGACAAUGGAGAGACCCGGAGGAUUAAAAACAUUGCAUCAUCAUCAUCACAAACAAGCUUGGAAUCUUCUAUCCACGAUCCCUUGUUGUUGUUCUGUUCUCCCAUUUGAAUAAACCCAAACCCCUUCUCUUCUCCCCAUUUUACUUCCAAUCCAAACCUCUUCAUCUUCCACAAUUUCCUCUUCCCUCAUGAAAUUUCCUCCCAUUUCCUUUCCCUUCCUUCUCCUCUCGCUCUUACUCUUCAGCUUCAGCACCGCUCAUGAUCACGCACCAAGCUCACACCUCACGCUUCUCCAUGAAGAACGCGUCAGCGCACUUUCUCGACCCUCAUCCCGUUCUCUUCUCUCAAUUCCUCCUAAGCCAGCAGCUACGGCGCUGAUUGCCACACUGGAUGGGACUAUACAUUUGGUGGAAAGACAGGAGAGUGGUUCCGUCAGUGUGAUAUGGUCAUUCUCAACGGGUUCGCCAAUAUACAGUUCUCAUCAAGCUCCUACCGACAAGGAUGAGGGUCUAGAAAAUGCAUCUGCAGCAAAAGUUAGCGGACUUGUGGAAUGCGGGGAUGACUGGUCUUUGCACAUGCACGACAAGCACUUUGGUAAAAUGAGAAUCACAGAAUCUAUUGCAGAAUAUGUAGCUCGUACACCUACCUUUUCAGAUGAUGGAGCAGUUACACUUGGAUCCAAAAGAAGCACUUUAUUUGAAGUUGAUGCUAAAACUGGAUCAAUCGUUCAAGUUCAUGCUAUGUCUGGUUUUGAUAAUGCUUCUGCACCAUGGAGUGAUGACAGGCAGGAUGUUACAAAUAUCCUCAGUGCAAAGAAAAAGGAUCUUGCUGAUCCAGUGAAACAAAAUUCACGACAGCUGCUUCUCAAGAUUUUUAGGACAGAUUAUUCUCUACAAUCUGUUGGUCCCAACCCAGGAAGAGUUCUGUGGACUACAAAAGUAGCUGAAUUUGAGGCUGUAUUAUUAUGCCAACAUACUUCAUUUGAUGUAGAAGAUGAGUAUGAUUCUCACAGUGGCCUCAAUUUUUCGAUGCCAUACCCUUGUCAAGAGAUACAACAAGUCUUCCGCCUGAAAAAGAAUUUUCUGUUAGAACCUUCAGUUGCUGGCAGAUUGCCUAAGGCCUAUCAUGAAAAUGAUAUGCUCUCAAUGCCUACCUCAGAUCCAAUACUUCCUUUGCAGCUUGAUAGAUUUUUCAAUGGUCAUGAUGGUGAUUUGAUGCUUCCUGCAGCUAUGCCACAUUCUUUGCCUUCUCGGCAACCAGAAAUCAGCUUCCAUGAUAGUGAUGAUAAUGCAGAUGUGCUCCUUCAUCCUCUCAUGGAGAUUAAUAUACCAUGGGCAGUUUAUUUGAGCAGGAUGUCAUUUCUAUUACCAUUAGUAAUAGUUUUUCUGGGCUUUAUUUUCUGUAGUCGUCUGAAUAAGAAUCAAGAUAUAUUGAAGGAUCAAAACAGCGAGUCUGAAUUAAAAAGUUCACCUGCUAAGAAAAAGAGAACACGUAAGUCAGGAAAAAACAAUGGCACUGUUGACAAAAAGGAUAAACAUCUAUCUUCAGAAGAUGAGGAUUUGGUGACACAAAAGGCUACUGGUGGAGAAGUGUGGCAGAACAGUAAUCAAGUUGAUGGAAGAAAAAUUGGUAAAUUACUUGUUUCAAAUAAAGAAAUUGCUAAAGGAAGCAAUGGUACUAUUGUUCUUGAGGGGAUAUAUGAAGGUCGAGCUGUUGCUGUCAAACGUCUCGUCAAGGCUCAUCAUGAUGUAGCUUCUAAAGAAAUCCAAAAUCUCAUUGUGUCUGACCAUCAUCCAAACAUUGUCCGAUGGCAUGGGGUGGAGUAUGAUCGCGAUUUUGUUUAUCUUUCUCUGGAACGUUGUACAUGCAACUUAGGUGAUUUGAUUGAAAUUUAUUCAGAUAUAUCAGAAAUCCCCAUGUUCAGGAAGGACCAAGCUUUUAGAUGCUUGAUAAGGGCACAAAUGGAGACAGGGAAGGAUAAUACUCAAAAUCUAUGGAAAUCAAACGGCUAUCCAUCACCUCUGCUACUAAAAUUGAUGAGGGAUAUUGUUUCUGGGGUUGUUCAUUUGCAUGAAUUAGGAAUUAUACACCGAGAUUUAAAACCGCAAAAUGUUUUAAUAAUCAAGGAAAGAUCCUUAUGUGCAAAACUCUCAGAUAUGGGCAUUAGCAAACGGCUUCUUAAAGAUAUGUCUUCUCUGGGUCAUAAUGCUACAGGUGGUGGGAGUUCAGGUUGGCAAGCACCAGAACAACUGGUUCAAGGCCGCCAAACACGGGCUGUAGAUAUAUUUAGUUUAGGUUCUGUCCUCUUUUUCUGCUUGACUGGGGGAAGACAUCCAUUCGGAGAACAUCUUGAGCGUGAUGUCAAUGUUGUGAAAAAUCGAAAGGAUCUUUUCUUAGUGGAGUUCAUUCCUGAAGCUGAGGAUCUUAUCAGUUGUUUAUUAAACCCUGACCCUAACCUAAGGCCAAAGGCGAUUGAAGUAUUGCACCAUCCUUUUUUCUGGAGUUCUGAGAUGAGACUUUCAUUUUUACGUGACGCCAGUGACAAGGUGGAAUUGGAAGGUAGAGAAAAUGAUUCGGAUAUGUUGAGGGCAUUAGAAAGCAUUGCCCCAUUGGCCUUAGGGGGAAAAUGGGAUGAAAGGAUGGAGCCAGCUUUCAUUGCUAACAUUGGUCAUUACCGGCGAUAUAAGUUUAACAGUGUUCGAGACUUAUUGCGGGUUAUGAGAAACAAGCUAAAUCAUUAUAGAGAAUUGCCUCAAGAAAUCCAGGAACUUGUAGGACCUGUUCCUGAAGGAUUCAAUGACUACUUUGCAAGUCGGUUUCCUAGACUCUUGAUUGAAGUAUAUAAAGUUAUAUGUAUAUAUUGCAAGGAGGAAGAAUGUUUUCAGAGGUACUUUAACAAUGUUGAUUAGUGCCUUGGCCAUCGUUUUGAUGGUUUGAAAAUAUACCACAAUGGAAAAGACUGGUUACAGCAUGAAACAGAUGAUGAUGUGUUAUAAGUUGUAAUGUAAUCAUGUAUAGAUAUGCAUGUUGCCCAUGAUUAAAUGUUGAUUAGUGCCUUGGCCAUCGUUUUGAUGGUUUGAAAAUAUACCACAAUGGAAAGACUGGUUACAGCAUGAAACAGAUGAUGAUGUGUUAUAAGUUGUAAUGUAAUCAUGUAUAGAUAUGCAUGUUGCCCAUGAUUAAAUCUAACUUUUACGGUUUCAA